AUGCGGGAUAGCUCUCUCAAGCGCUCCCUUGGGGUAGACCUCACCCGCUCCCUCAAAGAGUCACGCGUUCUUCUUGUCGGCGCAGGCGGCAUCGGCUGUGAGCUUCUGAAAAACCUCGUCCUCACCGGGUUCGGCGAAAUCCACAUCAUCGACCUUGACACCAUUGAUUUGAGCAACCUCAAUCGUCAGUUCCUUUUUCGACAUGAACAUAUCAAGAAAUCAAAGGCCUUAAUUGCCAAGGAAGUUGCGCAAAAGUUCCGGUCUGACACAAAGCUCGAGGCCUAUCAUGCAAACGUCAUGGAUGCCCAGUUCAACAUCUCGUGGUUCGGGUCCUUUAACGUUGUGUUUAAUGCGCUGGAUAACAUCGCCGCAAGACGACAUGUGAACAAGAUGUGCCUUGCAGCCAAUGUACCCUUGAUCGAAAGUGGAACCACUGGCUUCAAUGGUCAGGUUCAAGUCAUUCAGAAGUCGCAAACCGAGUGUUAUGAUUGUACCCCAAAAGAAACUCCCAAGUCAUUCCCCGUGUGUACGCUCCGCACCAACCCUACCCAGCCGAUUCACUGCAUCGUUUGGGCGAAGAGCUACCUCUUGCCGGAACUUUUCGGCGAUAGCGAAGACGAGGCACCGGAGGUGGACGUCUCAGAAAACGCAGAUAACGCAAAUGAAAUUGCAGAACUACGCAAGGAAGCUCUGGAGCUCAAAGAGUUGCGAAAAUCGCUAGGCACCGAGGAAGCCUUCCAGAAGAUCUUUGAUAAAGUUUUUCGAAGGGACAUAAUACGAUUACAGAGUAUGGAGGAUAUGUGGAAGGAAAGGGAGCCACCAGAGCUCCUAGACUUUGCUCAACUCCAAGAAGAAUCCGCUUUGAUUGCCUCGACAAUUUCCACGCAUGACCAGGUAGUGUGGACACUGGCGGAGAAUCUCAGCGUUUUCCGGGAUAGCUUGAACCGGUUGACCCACCGUCUCAAGCAGCUUCAAGAAAAGUGCCUCCCGGGCCAAGACUCCCCGAUCCUUACAUUCGAUAAAGAUGAUGUGGACACGUUGGACUUUGUUACCGCAACCGCUAAUCUACGAGCUGCUAUUUUUCACCUGGAACUCAAAUCUAAGUUUGAUGUCAAACAGAUGGCGGGCAAUAUCAUUCCUGCCAUUGCAACCACCAAUGCUAUGACGGCUGGACUGUGCGUUCUUCAGUCACUGAAGGUGUUUCAAAACAACUUGAUGCAUGCCAAAAUGGUUUUCCUGGAGAGAUCCGGUGCUCGGGCAAUCAAUUCGUACUCGUUGAACCCCCCAAACCCCGGUUGCGAAGUCUGCUCUCCUGUGGUGGUUCGGGUGGAAAUUGACCCUGAGCUAGCAACCCUUGAACACCUCAUCCACGGUGUUCUCCAGAUGGAGCUCGGUUAUGGUGAAGAGAUUUCUGUUGCCUGUGGCAAUAUACUAUUCUAUGACUCCGACUUCACGGACGACCUGGCGGAAAAGCUGUCUGACCUAGGCCUCAAGAAUGAGAGCUUCAUCACGGUCAAAGAUACGAAGAAACUGGAUGCGCGAGUCGACAUUGAAUGCUUGCUCAUGGCAAGAAUCGAGCCAUAUUCCCAGAACUCCAAGCCCGCAACGCUGCAGAAGAUGGUUGAGAUACCCCUGAAGUCAGUGGAGCCAGUGGAGCCUGCGCAGCCUUCUACCGAUCCAACAGCUACCGACGAUGCAACUGUGACUGGGAAGCGCAAGCGUGAAAGCUCAAGUGAUGAUGUGGAGCAGAGCAGCCACGAUGUUAAACGGGUCGCAAGCGCAUCCGUUCCUGACUCCAAGGGCAUUGAAGCUAUUGUUCUUGACGAUGAGGAGGGAGGUGCAAUCAUGAUCGACGAUUGA